UCUAAAUGAAAAUAAAUUUGAAUGUAUACGUUCUUUUCCCCCAAAAAAAUCCAGAAAACAAAGAUGGCGGCUGCGCCGGGGUUGGUGGCCGGGGAGGCUGCGGGCCGACGCGCGGGCCAGGCCCACUGAGGCAGCCGCACGGUGGGCAGGCUGCGAGGUUGCCGCGGCAGCGAGAAGCCAGCAGGGGCGCGCGGCGACCCUAACUUCCAGCCGGCGAGCGCGCCGGCACCCGCCCGCCGGGCCGGCCGGCCGCGAUGUCCGGCGCCGAGGAGGCCGGCGGGGGUUGUCCGGCUGCGGGGUCCGCGGGUGCCGCGCAGGUCGGGGUAGGGGCCGGGCCUGGGGUUGCUGCGGGGCCGGCUGCGGCGGCUCUAGGCGAAGCUGCGGGGCCCGGGAUCCCGGACGAGGCGGGCCUGGCCGGCGCUCGGCAGCUGCAAGAGGCGGCGGGCGACCCCGACGCGCCGCCCAAGAAGCGGCUGCGGGCGGCCGAGGCGGCCGAGGCGGCGGCGGCGGCGGCGGUAGCAGCGGGCAGCGGAAAGCUGGAGGAGCGGCUCUACUCGGUGUUGUGCUGCACCGUGUGCCUGGACCUGCCCAAGGCUUCUGUGUACCAGUGCACUAACGGUCACCUGAUGUGCGCUGGCUGUUUUAUCCACCUACUAGCAGAUGCCCGGCUGAAGGAGGAGCAGGCCACGUGUCCCAACUGUCGCUGUGAGAUCAGUAAGAGCCUCUGCUGCCGGAACCUGGCUGUGGAGAAAGCUGUGAGCGAGCUGCCUUCAGAGUGUGGCUUCUGUCUGCGUCAGUUCCCUCGCUCCCUUCUAGAGAGGCACCAGAAAGAAGAAUGCCAGGACAGGGUGACACAGUGCAAGUACAAGCGUAUUGGCUGCCCAUGGCAUGGCCCUUUCCAUGAGCUGACAGUGCACGAAGCUGCAUGUGCCCACCCAACCAAGACAGGCAAUGAGCUGAUGGAGAUCCUGGAUGAGAUGGACCAGAGCCAUCGCAAGGAGAUGCAGCUCUACAACAGCAUCUUCAGCCUGCUCAGCUUUGAGAAGAUCGGGUACACAGAGGUUCAGUUCCGGUCUUAUCGCACUGAUGACUUCAUCACACGCCUGUACUAUGAAACACCACGGUUCACAGUACUGAACCAGACAUGGGUCCUGAAGGCUCGUGUGAAUGACUCGGAGCGCAACCCCAACUUGUCAUGCAAGCGCACACUUUCCUUCCAGCUACUCCUCAAGAGCAAAGUCACAGCGCCCCUGGAAUGCUCUUUUCUUCUGCUCAAGGGGCCGUACGAUGACGUGAGGAUCAGUCCUGUCAUCUACCACUUUGUCUUCACCAAUGAGAGCAAUGAGACAGACUAUGUGCCGCUGCCCAUCAUCGACUCUGUGGAGUGCAACAAGCUGCUGGCCGCCAAGAACAUUAACCUGCGGCUCUUCCUGUUCCAGAUACAGAAGUAGGAUGGGCCCCCGGACACCUGAGGAGCAGAGGGCUGCAGUCCAGUAGUGCUGUCCCACCCAUCCCUGGCUUGGCAGCAGCUUCACACAACUAUCUGAUCGUUUUAGCAAAGGAGGAGAACAAACAAAAUCAAACACUGAGAAAGUCUGCAUGCGUGUGCAACGGGGUCCCUGCCUCUGGCUCAACUUCCUCCCCUUUGCCUCCCACCUCCUGCAGGCAGCCAGAGGCUGGGCUGACCACAGUGGAAACAGUACUCUGGGCUCCUCAGGUACAGGUGGCAAGGAGGGCAAGAAGCCGACCACCCUUACCCCAGCUCCCAUUCCCACAUCGAGGUGGCACGGUGGUUCCCUGGCUGGGCUCAGGGUCCCUGGCUGACUUCAGACAGCAUAUUUGAUUGCAAUUAAAAAGGCAGCCUUGUUUCCUAAAAAA